GUAGAUUAAAACACCAAGUAUAGUAAAAAAUAUAAUUUAUAUUUGCAUUUUUAUAAAAGUUCAUGUUGAAGUAAAAGUGUAGAAACUGAUGACAAUUCGUCGAAAAGAUACAUUAAUUGAUUCUAAACUGUUAAUCAUUCCGUAUAGCAGACUGAUGUUUGUGGCCAUAUCACUUUCUAGAAGCAAUUUCUGAUUGGUUAUCCAUUGCGCAUCCACGGGAGUGUAACAGCUUGACUUUUUAGAAUCGUGGGAGCAUCAGUGAGCCUGAGAACACUCUCUCACUCUCUCUCUCUCUCUCUCCUGUCGGAAACCGGUGGUGCCGCCUACAGCGUUCUCUGUGGCUCCGCUUUUCAGUCACGUCACUUCCCAGUUAAACGUGGCCGACUCAUAGCAAGGAGUGGCAUCCAAGCGAGCGUCGCGCGAGCUGUCAAGCUGUCGGCCCUGAGCAGCCCGGGAGAGAGCUAGCGGAGACUUUAAUCAGCCGGUGCAGCUGAUCGUUUAAAUGACUCGUCGUGGCGGCCAUUGAGCGCGCAAUCGAGUAUCCGUUGGCAUCGAGACCGCCGGUUUUAGGCCUGCCAGGAGUCCGUUCAGGCGCGACAAAAGUAAAACAUGUCGUCCUCGGGCGAUUUCGGUAACCCGUUGCGGAAGUUCAAGCUCGUCUUUCUCGGCGAACAGAGCGUCGGGAAGACGUCCCUUAUCACACGGUUUAUGUAUGACAGCUUUGAUAACACAUACCAGGCUACGAUAGGUAUAGAUUUCUUAAGCAAAACUAUGUAUCUUGAGGAUAGAACUGUGAGACUACAACUGUGGGACACAGCGGGGCAAGAACGGUUCCGUUCUUUGAUACCUAGUUACAUCAGAGAUUCUACUGUCGCGGUCGUUGUUUACGAUAUUACCAACGCCAACUCGUUUCACCAAACAUCCAAAUGGAUAGAUGAUGUACGGACUGAGAGAGGAAGUGAUGUGAUAAUUAUGCUAGUGGGCAAUAAAACUGAUUUGAGUGAUAAGAGGCAAGUUUCGACGGAAGAGGGCGAACGGAAAGCGAAAGAACUAAAUGUGAUGUUUAUCGAAACUAGUGCUAAGGCCGGCUACAAUGUUAAACAGCUAUUUAGAAGAGUAGCGGCAGCUCUGCCGGGUAUGGAUUCCACCGAAAAUAAGCCUCCCGAAGACAUGCAAGAGGUAGUGCUCAAGGACACGCCAAUCGAUCUGAAUCCCUCGGAGAGCAGUUGUGCAUGCUAAGUCGUCGUCGGCCUGUACGGUAGCAGGGUAUCGAAUCGAAUUGAAUCGAAUCGAAAGACGUCUUAAUAUCUUCGAAUAGAGUCCGAGCCGUUCCCGAUCGUUUUGGAGCGAUUUGUGGAUUUUUUUCGACAAAUAUAAACUAAUUUUCUAAAGAAAUUUCUAAGAUAGCUUUUUUACGAUUUUUUAGCAAACAUUUUAACCAAAUAGUAUUAAUAUUAUCACAUAAUUAUAAUUAAUUAUAAUUAAUAAUAUUAAUAUGUUUAUUAUUUACCUGGAAAUACACACAAUACACAUACACAUACCCGUUAUAAUUUCUUCGACAAAAUCGAAAAAUGUUCUCUUGGAAAUUUUCUUGGAAAAUAUACGUGUAAGAUUAUUAUACAAUAUAUUAAUAAUAUUAAUAUAGUUAAUUUAUUUUAAUUUGUUUUGCUUCAAGAUCGUUCGAAGUGAAUAAUAUAUAGUUCUGUUUCUGUUCGAUGCCCUGACUAGUAGACAAAACGCUAAGUUAAUUUAUAAGUUAAAUGACUUAGGAUGUUAGGAUACUGAUUGCAUUCGGCCUGUGUGGUUUCCGUGAAGUCGGAAAAUUCGUGAAAAGCCGUGCACUGAACAGCAACGAUUUUUAUUAAGACGAAAAAAAAAUACAAUUUCACACAGUAGCUUAAGACUGCUUUUACACAAUGACGUGUUUUCAUAUAUUAGCUGAUCGUAGAAAGAGCUAUUAAUUCUUUCAGCCUUGAUGCAGUACAGUUACGUUUUCGAUAAAAAUUAUGAAUUAUUUUUUAAAAAAUUGUAAGAAUCCGGAUUAAUUAAUAGAUAAACGCAUUCUCGCAAAAUGCAGCAAAUUAAAAAAUAAAUAUAAAAAGUACGGUAAAUGUAUUUAGUUUCUAUCAUUAUACAAUCAAAAUUGCUAGAAUUUUAAAAAUUAUUAUUAUUUAACCAGUGAAAAUAAUUAUUUAAAUUAAAGCAAUAAUUUUAAGAUUUAUUGCAAUUUUUUAUUUAAGUUUUUAUUAAUUAAUGAGUGUUUUAUUUUUUAAUUUUAUUUGUUUUCUUAGUUUUCUAUUGGAUCCUUUUUUUCUAUUGAAAAUGUAUCGGAGCUGAAAGAGUUCAUAUAGUCUUUGUCAACGUAUCAAAGUUCACCUAAGUUUAUUUCGCUUGUUAAUAUCGGUUGUUUAAUAUCGUAUUUAUCAUAUUAUUUUUUUACGCGUGCAAUUAAACAUACAUCGAGUUGCUCAAAUUGCCAUUAAACGGCUGAUUGAAGGAUCGUAUUUUCCGUGUUCUUAUUUAUUUCGUAGUUUUCAAGAAUAAGAUAUUAAUUGUUUUACACGCUCGCAAUAAAUAGAGAAACUAAGACAGCUGCAUUUGUAUUUACAUAUUUAACAAUAAUUCUAUCGAUUUGGAGGUUAUUGAAAAAAACGCAUUACGUAAAUGCAGUUCUCGAGAUAAUUAAAUUAAAAAUUUCAAAUAAGUCAUUGUGACUAAUAGAUAUGUAGAUCCUCAUUCUAUCCGAUGCUAAAAAUAAGUAGUUGUGAAACUCAAGUUUCAACUCAUUGAAAGCUUAAUAAUCUGAUCUAACUCUAAAUACAUAAAUAUUAAUUGAUGCUGAAAAGUUAGUAAAAGACGAGCUAAAAGAAAGGAAACGAGGGGAAGGAUAUUCAAAAGAAAUUUUUUUACGAAAUAGAUGGAUUAGCAGCUAACUAUAUCUCUUUUUUACAAAUACUUUAAGAAUAGAAUAAAUGGACAACUCUAUACAAACUCGAAUUUAUCUUAUAAAGUAUUUUCUUUCUUUGAGAUAUUAUUUGUAUAUGAUUUAAUUUUCCAAUUUGUUUAUAAAAGGACAGGAAAAGCAGUUUAUUUAAAUAUUGCAUAUAUAAUUUGAGUUUUGGAUAAAAAAAAGAUUUAUAAUUUUUAAUAAGAUACUUAUUUUAAUGUCUCCUUUGUUGACUAUUUGUCUGUUAUUGUAAUAUCCUAAUUUAUGUAAAAAGAAAUUAAAUUAUCGACAAUACAAAGAAAUAUUGCAAAAGUAA